AACCUCUUGUUCAAUGAAAGGAAGGAGGCGAGGUUUAUUCUAGAUCUGUCGUCCAUCUUGUGCUAUGGAGAUCAAUAGUUCGACAUGAUUCACUUUCGGUAACAUCGUUACAUAAUCUAUAUGAACAUAAGAAAUGGGAAACAUAACUGUUUGGAUGUGUGUAGUUCUCGUUGUUUCAUUUUUCCAAAAGACUGAAGGCUUUUUGCCGUCAAAAUGUUCCGGAAGUGACGUAAUUACGUGCGUCAACCAAACCUAUAUUACCCCUCGGGGUUUUCCUCCCUCGAUGACUGAACUCCACAUUUCUUCGUCGACGAUAGACAACUUACAGAAAGAUCUGCUUCGUACUCUCACUCAAAAUUGCCCAAAUCUUCGAGUUUUCAAAAUCAAGUCGUCUGUUAUCAAAUACAUUCACAGUUGUUCCUUCUCUUCCGUUUCAAAUUUCGACCAGAUAGUAUUUCAGGAUUCAAGAGUGCAGAUGAUUGUUCGGAAUGCCUUUUCUGAUCUCCAGUCUGUUCAGAAUCUUGAGUUUAUCAACGUCCAGAUUGAAGAAAUUUCAAUGAUUGCUUUCCACCAAAUUAGAGAUGUUGGAAGAUUAACAAUGGAUAAUAUAACCGUGAAUAUCCUAAGGUAUGCGUCUUUUGCAGAGAUUGAAGAUAUCAAACAAAUCCAGCUUACAAAUUCAUACAUAAACGUGUUUGAACAACAACCUAUAGUGAAUCAACAGUCCAUUUCUGCAAUUGAGUUUCGUGGGAAUACGAUCAACUCCACGCUUUGUGGACUUGAUUCUCUUUUCCAGUCGGGUUUGGUAUUCGCCAAUAACAAUCUAACAUGCAACAGCGAGAUGGCUGCUGUGUUGGCAACUUCAGCAAAUAACAAAUGUCGUCGGAAUGUUACCGAAAAAUGCCCACCUCUGAAAGACACCAAUGUUCUGAAGCACAGUUAUGACUGUCAGGCUGUUCUUCCAGAUGAAGGGAUACGCCCCGUGUCUGAGGAGGAGGUUUUCGAUAUUGACUCGAAAGGCAAUAAUCAUGCUAUGAGCUCUUUGUAUGGCGGAGGACACCUUGUGUUUACUACGCAUUUGUCUUUGGCUUUUAGUAUUGUAUUGUGCUAUUAUAUGUAACCUAUUGAGUGGCUGCGGUUGUAGAUUUUCAGUGCAAUAUUUCCAAGAUUAUUUAUGUAUUUCAAUAAUAAUGUUUGAUUUCUAAACAAAAUAAAUUAUUUAUUUUCAAAUACAUGUAUGUGACAAUUAUAUUCGCCAUAUGUUAUGUGGGUAAUUCUUCUUCACUUUCAAAGUGUUUUGCCCGACGUGAAUUUGCCCAGACAAUAGAAUGAAUGAUGUAUAAUCUUUUUUAUCAACGCAGUAUUUUAAAAUUGGUUUUAAUUCGUUCAGUAUUUAUUUCUCUAGCUAACCACGUACGCGAAAAAAAACCCGAAGACUAAUAUUUACCUGUUAUCAUUUUUCAAGCAAAUUUUGCUUAAUAAUUGCUUUGAGCCAACUUUUGGAUAUAAAAGUAUUUUAUAAUUGAACAUGAGUUUAAUACAAAAAAAUUUUGUUUAAAAAGACACACUAUGUUGAUGUAUAAAAUCUUCUAUAAUGUGUGUUCAGAGCAAUAAAAUUCCCUAAAACACAAUGCAGAAUGGUACAAGAUAUAUUCAAUGAACAUGGCAAAAGAGAUUACUUUGAACUAAACCCAGAUAUUAAAUUCACCACUGCCUAUGAUAUCUGAUUGUUGAACUGAAACCCCAGUGUUGAACAAUAAGUCCCAUGCAUGACCUAAAAUUUUAGAGUUGAAUGAAAUGUUUCUUCAAGUGUUGAGUCAGAGCUCCCAAUUAAACCACUUACCUUUUAUGUUGAAUGAAAGGUCAUUGUGGCUUUAACCACAUUGUUAAAUUAUGAGAAAUCCCCUUAAAAUAAACCACAGUGUUUUAAGGGAGGUUCGUAUGAAUCACAAACCAAUGUAGGUGGUUCAGUUGACCAUCAUUGAAAAGGUUGCUGGCCAACUUGAACUCUGAACUUCACUGCAUUAUAAUGGUGUAACAGAUCAAAAGGAACUAAACAACAAAAUGUUUUACUAAACAUUUUUCUGCGAUUGUUUUAUAAUGUUAAAUUAAUAAUGACAAAUAUAAACAUUUUUUGUAAUGAAAAUUAAUUUAACGUCUUCAUCAUCUUAUAAGCAUCACUGUUGCACAAAAAAUACAAAAUAACAAACUUGUAUUGUCUGUAAUGUACAAUUUGUCUUCAAUCAUAAUUAUAUUAAAUUGUAAUGUACAAUAAUUCGUCUUCAAUCAUAAUUAUAUCAAAUUGUUAAGUAAACCAUGUACUGAUAUCUUUCAAGCAUUAGUUUUCGUUGGUGUCCACUAGGACAUAUAAAAUAAGAAGAGCCAGCUCUAAACUUGUAUUAACCAAUCAAAAUUCACCACUCAAUAGUAUCACCAAAAUGAAUCAAAACUCGCCACUCAACCAGUAUCGCC